CCGCGCCGGUUCGUGCGCGGCCAGCGGGGCUCAGCCAGUCCGCUGGAAUUGAGGAGCGAUCAUUGAAUCUGCGGCUUUCAUGACGUCUCCCUGCGUGGCCCAUCACUUUUCUCCCAGCCGGGAAUUUUUUUUUUUUUCCGCCACUCUUGCCUUUUCCCCGUUCCCUCCACCGGGUCUCCCGCCCGCGUCCGAACCCGACGCACACCCCUCCGCCCCUCCGCCCCUCCUUUGACCCCGCGCCCAGCCCUCCUCUCCGCUCGCGGCCAGUGGGAGCCAGUUUGCAGACGGCCGCACCUGGCCGGAGAGGUUGGGCGGGUGGAGGGGUGGGGAUCCGCGGGAACCGGGAAGCCAGACCCAGAGCUGGAGGCACCGCCAGGAGAAUGGAGUCUCCUAAUAGCCUCCCGGGGCUGGUGUGAAAUUUGACCACCUGAUUCCAGUUUUUCUUUCCCUUCCUUUCCUUUUCUUUUUUUUUUUUUUUUUUUCUUUUUUUUUAAAUUUUCUCCCCUCACCAUCCAUCGUGUAGUGAAAUAUUAAAUCUUGCUCCGUUCCAAGAGAGGAGAUCAUGAUUGAGUGAAACCACCCUGUCCGCAACAAGAAAAAGCACAAAGAAGAAACUACAGCGAUGGCCAGGUUGACAGAAUCCAUGACUAACGUCCUGGAGGGCGACUCCAUGGACCAGGAUGUUGAGAGCCCUGUGGCCAUUCACCAGCCAAAGUUGCCUAAGCAGGCCAGGGACGACCUGCCAAGACACAUCAGCCGAGACCGGACCAAAAGGAAAAUCCAGAGGUACGUGCGGAAAGAUGGAAAGUGCAACGUCCAUCAUGGCAACGUGAGGGAGACCUAUCGCUACCUGACUGACAUCUUCACCACCUUAGUGGAUCUCAAGUGGAGAUUCAACCUGUUGAUCUUCGUCAUGGUUUACACAGUGACUUGGCUCUUUUUUGGGAUGAUCUGGUGGCUAAUCGCAUACAUCCGAGGAGAUAUGGACCACAUAGAGGACCCCUCGUGGACUCCCUGUGUCACCAACCUCAACGGGUUCGUCUCUGCUUUUUUAUUUUCGAUAGAGACAGAAACCACCAUCGGUUAUGGCUACCGGGUCAUCACAGACAAGUGCCCAGAGGGAAUUAUUCUCCUCUUAAUUCAAUCUGUGCUGGGGUCCAUCGUCAAUGCAUUCAUGGUGGGAUGCAUGUUUGUAAAAAUAUCACAACCCAAGAAGAGGGCAGAGACCCUGGUUUUUUCCACCCAUGCGGUGAUCUCCAUGCGGGAUGGAAAACUGUGCCUGAUGUUCCGAGUAGGGGAUCUUAGGAAUUCCCACAUCGUAGAGGCUUCCAUCCGAGCCAAGUUGAUCAAAUCCAAACAGACCUCAGAGGGUGAGUUCAUCCCCUUGAACCAAACAGAUAUCAAUGUAGGGUAUUACACCGGGGAUGACCGUCUAUUUCUGGUGUCGCCACUCAUCAUCAGCCACGAAAUCAACCAACAGAGUCCUUUCUGGGAGAUCUCCAAAGCCCAGCUGCCCAAAGAGGAGCUAGAAAUUGUGGUCAUCCUAGAAGGAAUGGUGGAGGCUACAGGAAUGACGUGCCAAGCCCGGAGCUCCUACGUCACCAGUGAGAUCCUGUGGGGCUACCGCUUCACACCUGUCCUGACGCUGGAAGACGGCUUCUAUGAGGUCGACUAUAACAGCUUCCACGAGACCUACGAGACCAGCACCCCGUCUCUCAGUGCCAAAGAGCUGGCCGAGCUGGCCAGCCGGGCGGAGCUGCCCCUGAGUUGGUCCGUGUCCAGCAAACUCAACCAGCGCGCGGACCCGGAGACGGAAGAGGAGGAGAAGAACCUCGAGGAGCAAACAGAAAGGAAUGGUGACGUGGCAAACCUAGAAAACGAAUCCAGAGUCUAGUCGCCUAGCCCGGCGGCUCCUCCUCCCCUCCCCCCCGCACAACCCCUCCUCGUCUCUCAUGCUCUCUCUCUCUUUUGUCUCUCUUCCUUGGUUGUGUAUGGAUUUACAUUUAGUUUUGACAUCGCCGGAAAGCGAGUCUUCGAGGUGUAAAAUAUCUACCUGCCCUCUCUCAGUUUUGCAGAUGGACGAGGCAGACACAGAUUUGGUGAAGGUGCCAAGCGCCCUCCCUCGCGGCCCCAGCUUGCUCUCUUCCCGAAAAACCACGCAUCCGACUCCUAGGGACUUAAGCUACUUACCUGCAUGUCUUGGACCAUAGCAGAUCACUCAAAGAGUGUGUCAGAGAUUUCACCUGGGAUAGGACAAGUUAGGUCUCUGGUGCCUAUUUCCUCAUGCAGUGAGACAUAGCGUAUAACCCUCGGUUUUAUAGAUCCCAGUAAAUUCCAUCUGCAGGGCGACGUGCCUGCCCCCUACAGGCAUUGCAGUUAUAGGACCCGGGUCAGGUAAAGACAAAACACUGUACAUAUAUAUGCCUUAUGUAAUUAUUUUUCUUUUUGCAGUCAGUAAUAAAACACAGCAUGUACGAAAAGUACUGUAGGACAGAACUUCCAAAUAAUGUACAUAGAUGUAUAAUUAAUGUAGGUUUAGAUAUAUAACUUUAGAAAUAAGAUGAAAAAAAAAAAAAAGAUUCCCAAUGUACAGCAGGCAUUUCUGUUCUGAUGUCUUUGCUUUCUGAAUUUCUUUGGUCCCAUCGAUCACUGGCCCUUAGUGCAUGGCCUUUGUUCUGUGUCCCAGACUGGUAGUGUUUGGGUACCUCACUGUUCCCUUGCUUAUCCUCUCACUGAAUCUAAUAAGCCAUAGGUCUGGGGGAAGUUAGGAGGUCCGGUACAUGGCAAAACCCACCACCAAUAUGCUGAGAUACUGUGAAAUGUUUACAAAACUGAGGUCUCUUUCUUUUUUUUUUUUCUUUCUUUUUUUUUUUUUUUUAGUAACAGGAGCCUCACUGACUAGCCUGGGAGAAUAUUCCAGGGGGACGACACUCUCUGGCAUGUCAGCAAUGAUGUGUUUAUGCUUUUCACAUGAGCUGUCACCCUUUGUAGUACAAGAGUUUGGGAAACUCUUCUCCUGCAAACCCAUGGAUUCCCCAGCUGUUCCACUCUGUAAUUGUGAGAAACUAUAGACCUAAAAAAAUCAGACAUGGUAAUUUAGCAGAAGACGGUUCGGGUCUAAAGCCAUGACAUUCAUGAAGGCGUGCAGUGGGUGACAUGUAUUAUAAUCAUUCACCUCACACACUUUGACUCCAUCCGGCUCUCUCCCUGCCCCUCUAGCUUAUCCAUCAGCAUUUUUCGCAUUUGUAUUCUGAAAUGACCAGAGUUCAAGGGUCAAAGAUUAAAACAACAAUCUAGGUGACUAUGAAAUCUCUCUAGAGCAUGAAAUCUCUCUAGAGACAUCCAAAGUGUCUCCCAAUCAGAAGAAAACAAGCAAAAAAACUGCAGCCUUAAUUAAUUUUAAUCUGUGAAGAUAAAUGGAAAGAGAGAGAUUAAGAGAGAGAAGAGAAGAGAAGGAAGGAAGGAAGGAAGGAAGGAAGGAAGGAAGGAAGGAAGGAAUUUUGUACUAAAAAAUCUAAAUUUCAAAAUGAAAAAAAAAUUUCAAGUAAGACGAUAAGGAAGAGGAUGUUAGACAAAAAUCUCAAGGGCAGGUGGAAAUUUUGCACUGUAACAGAUCUUUCACAUUAAUUUCGCAAUUUUAAACUCUUUAUUCCCUAAACAGUCGCCCAUCAUAAAUAUUCAUUGGCUGAACUCAAGUUCAUUUUCAGCUCCCACAGCUGUGCUCAGUUUGAAGCUUUGUGCCUUGGAGGUCAAAGAACUCAAACUAGCUAUCACUCCCUGUUGCCCUUGACUUCCCUGACCAGAUUGCACAGGGCUUCGCUGUAGUUCGGGGACUUGGCUACUAAAAAGCAUGUCCCAGAGACAAGGAAAGUGGCUCCUCAAUUUAACACAGGGGUCUCUCUUCUCCCACGUCCUUGACCUUGCAUUAGGACAACUGCUUCUUGGCACUGACUUAACCGAAAACAAAUCUGUUGGCCACGUAGCCCUUUCCUGUUUGCCAGCAUUUCACUUUCUGCAUUGAAUACCUGUCGAAUCAUUUAUUCAUUCCACACACUCCGAGGAGGGCGUUGUAGUCCAGGAGGAGGAGGAGGGAGUCCCAUACACUUCCUGCCAGGCUGUUGGGAGGUACUGUGGCCUUACCUCGCUGUAGCCUUAUGAAGGGCGCCCUUGACUUGGGGGCGCUAACCCCGCAACAUCACCAGAGUUGCAGGCAAGGCACCGUAGCACAAAGCAAGAUGAGGCAGGGGCUCAUUAGCGAAUUAGCUCUUGAUGACUCAGUGGGCCUUUUUUUACUCCGUUACUAAGGUUCAAAGGACAGCACACACCCUUGUUGUCUGGUUGGAAGAACAGUUUGGGGCCCUUUAGCACAACUGAACGAAGAGCCUUGGUGACCCUUUGGUCAUGCACAUGUGUCGGUUCUGUAUCUGUGACAGGGCACCCAGGUGUGAGGUCUCUGCCUAUUUCUCAUCGUCUUUUGUGUCAAUGUAGUUGAAGACAGAACAUGAACCAAAUCUCGUUUUUGUAACGUGAGCCUCUGGAUCUUUAAACAAGGAUGCUCCAGAAGAACCUUUUACUAGAAUGUCCCUAUCAAACGUGUCUAUUUUUCUACAAUUAUUGAUAACACAGUUUAACAGUGUAUUUUGUGUCAACUGUUAACAUUUGGAAUUGAAAGAAGUUCAUUAAGACUGAAUUUUCUAAGCAGCAAGUAUUGAAUGGUGUUUUUCAUUAAGACCGUAAAACAAAGAUGAGCCCAUGAUUUCUACUCAUUCUAUUCCGCCAUGGCCAGUCCCCAUUCACUCAGUCACUUUCUUAGCAAAUGAAGUGUUAUGAAAAUAAAUAAGCCUAUUUUAAUUCAACAAUACCCACAACUAAUGAGCAUCGCUCUCAACUUGAUAUUUUGGUCUGUUUGGUUGGUGUGUUUGAGUCACUUUCCAUAAAAGCAUGGUGGGAUCCAAUAGCCAGAUAAGAAUUUUUAACUAAAGGGUUAUGGUUUGCCACAGUAGACCCCAAUCUGGAGAAAAGGGCAGAGUCAGCUGGAAGCAUGACCUCCCCAAGGGCUGCUGAGACCCUCAAGAUUCUCACUUCCACCCACCCCAAGAUGCUUUCCAACUGGAAAACCUAUUUGUUGAUAAGUCAGUUUUAUGUAACUAAUAAAAUCGUUUCUGUUUUUGGCUGUCCCCUGGACGAAUGAUACUCUUUUGAAUUAACAUAUUUGUAAUCACUGUAAUGUCAGGUCAUUGUCUAUCCAUUCCUUCAUAACAUGGCAUUGCAACCUGGUGAACCAACAUACAGCCACUCCAUGUCCGUAGGAAGGAACUCCCUCCUUCCCCCACUCUUUUGCUCCACGUGUCUCUCUCUUUUGUGCUUUCCCUAACUCUCCAGUGCCAGGUCCAUUGAUUGAGUUCGGUAUCUUAUGUUCCCUAACAGAAAUCCAGCUACUGUCUUUAAAAAUGUCAACUUAUUUCUUAAGCACAAUUUUUCUCUUGGUUUAACCCAACGAGGGCUCUGAAGUGUCUAUUUCUCACUGUACUCUAGUUAAAAAAAAUUAUUUACGACUUCAUUCAAAAGCCUAAAUUUUGAAAUCUCCAGAGCAACAUCCUUAUGCUUUCCUUCCCUACAUUUUCUUACAUUUCAGGUUUCUUCAUUUUUCCCCUUUGCUUUUUAAUUUGAUUUAAGCCGAUAGCUUUGGGAUGCACAGAAACUGUUUACUAAAGGCGGGAGCUGGUGGACGUGGGGGUUAUAAAAAUGCCAGUAGAAAACGACUGGGACUCACUCAAAGAAUGUGAAAUCGUUUGAUUAGCUGAGUAAUUCAAGAUAAAAAAGAAGGAAAAUAUGCAUAGUCAUUUCCAAGACAGCUUGCCAAUAGUCUGACUUUCUUUCCUUGACUUGGCUGGUACUCUAUGUGACUCAGAAAAGUCAAAAGGGGAGUUGUAAUUAAAUGCCCUACAUACAUGGGAAAUAGUAACUUCUAUGAUUUCCUUUCAACGGAUGGCUAUAAAGUUGAAAAACAUAGUUAUACAUAAUAGAUGAUUCAUUGAUACCGCAUUCCAAUAUAGUAAAGUCAUAUUAUCUUGUUUCUAGACUUCACGACCAACCUGUGUUCAAGAAAAUGUAAUCCUUUCAUUUAAAAUGGAGUUAAACACACCUCUUCCUAAUAUUUCUGCCCUUAAUGUCUUAGAGAACUUCCACUGUAGUGUCAUCUAGAAGUCAAAAACUCUGUAAGGCUACAAAGAGAUUUUGACAAAGCACAAUAUCAACACAAAAUACAAUGACAAAUUAUGUCAUUACACAAAUUAUGUCAUUUAAUUCUACUCUACCAUGAGAGCUUGAGUGUUACAAUUUACGUUUUAUGAUAGGAAUACUAGGGCUUAGGCAAACUGAAUAACUUCCCCAAGGUUAUGGGCCCAGUAGUAAUAGCUCCUGGUCUCAAAUCCAGGGCCAAGGCUUAAGCCAUGGGCACCAUUUAUACAGAGAGGGUCGGCAAACCAAAACUACUCACAGUCUCUGGCCCACUCCCUGUUUUUGCACCACUUGUGAGCAAAGAAUGACUUUUACAUUUUUUAGUGGAUGCAGAGGGGAGGAAUAUUUUCGGACAUAUGAAAAUUGUAUGCAAUUCAAAUUCCAGUGUCCAUAAAUAAAGUUUUCUUGGAACACAGCCACACGCAUCCAUUUGCGUAUUGCCUAUGGCUGCUUUCACACUACACUAGCAGAGCUGAGUAUUUAAGACGGAGACUAUGUGGCCAGAAGACUAAAAUAUUCCUAUCUGGUCCUUUACAGAAAAGUUUGCCGACCUCUAUACUGUCUGUACUAUUAAGUACUAUUCAUGUAUGAAGUGGUACUAAUUAUUAAAUAUUGUACCGUGCUACCAACAGAUUCCUGGACAACUCAGAAUGAUGACAUUAUUUCCCGAUAAAAAUGCAUUGCAGUCACUCGCAGAUCUGUUCCAAGAAAAAAAUAACACAGUCAUAUAAUCAGGUGUCAAAGGAGGACUCCUUCCUUUUCAUAACCAUUCUCCCAGAGCGCUAAAGAAAUAACCGGUCAAGAUUCAGUGGCCAACUCACAAAGCGACAACGUAAAACAAUUCCUUAACAAACAAAAAAGAAGUGGGAAUCCCCGGUCCAGUUGACUGAGACAUUGUGUCACUGGUGUAUCUAUAGGUGUUUAAAUAUGUAGACAGUGGGGACACGUGUCUCCACCCGGUGGGGAAAACCGGCCACGCAGCAGUUGCAGGGGGAGCUUCCCCUCCCUCACCUGCCUUCUCUCCUAGGCUCCUAUGGACAACGGAGCUCUGCCUGUGUCCUCCCACUAGCUCUCUCUACCUGCAAUUGAUCAACGUACUGAUGAUGAACGUUGAAUUGUUGCUCAUGUCUAGCUGUCCUAGUUCUGGCUCUCUCCAGCCACUUGGCCAAAAGUUUAAUUUAACAUGAGAAUUAGGAACUAAAUCCUUCUCUUGGAAAACCAAGAGGUUCUUUACAAAGAGCUCAGGAAGAAACAGGAGGGCAGUAAAGAGUUGUUGGAUUGUUUGUCACUUUCUGAGUCCGAAACACAAGAUAAAGAUUGGUAAUUACAGAAAUAUUGAGAGCAAGAAACCCAGACAGUGGAGUUUUGAGAUAAGUCAAUAUUAAAUGACAUUCUUUAGUAUCGCUACGCUGAAAGCACUUGUGUUCUAAGAAAGCAUUUCCAAAGCCAGACAUGGGUCAGCCAAGUGAGCCAAGUUCUGUUGGAAAAUAUAUCAGGUUCUCUUAUGAGUGCUUUCCUGGAAAUCAGGUGGGGGGGGGGGAUUUUGUAACAAAUCAUUGUGAUGUAUUGCUGACAGAUACACGAUGGAAAUUGAGAUGGAUUUGGUCCUGUGUCUGAAACUAAAUGGUAAUGAUAUCUGAAAUAUAUGUUGCAAAAAGCUCACAACAGCUUUGCGUGGAACAGCAUAAUAACUAAGUGGGGGGGAAAGAUAUCUCAAAGUUCAACACCGUAAAACUUAAAUAAAUGUAAAAGGAGUCAAACUUUUACUUGGCCUCAUUGCCUUGGUAAAAGAAAGCUCGAUGCAUCCACCUAACUCAAACCUAUCCUCGUCCAAAGGAAGAAAUGAGAGCAAAAUAGCUCGAGAUGGUCAGCGUGAUUAAGUGAUGGAGAUUUAUCACCAAGGAAAAUGGCUUUUAUAAAGUUAAUUUUAGAUACUACCCCCUAGACGUGAAUCCUAAUGUGUUCUGUGGUCGGCCAGAGAAUUGUGACCACACAGGCAAUAGAUCUUGAUUUCAGAGAAUGAAAUGUUCCUACUGUCAAAGGGUAAUUGACCAUUUCAGGAUUAAGACCCUGCACCCAUUGUAUUAACACUGAUCAUAAAUACUGUGAUAUCAACCAGCCAAUCUUUAUAAGAACUUGAAGGGCUGUUUUUCUCAGGCAAUGUAAAUAUCUGCUACCAACAGACACUAGUGAAAUAAACACGUAAUGCGCCAUUAUUUCUAAAAUUCUGAUAGAAAGCAUAAAAUAUCCAUCUAAAGGAGCAAGAAAUCAUGGGAGCCUAAGUUCAGACCUCUUCGGCUACUAAAACCCCAGUGCAGUCUGAAUGCCUUAUGGAGUGUAUCAGUGUUAGGUUGAUCAGCACUAAACACAACUACAGAACUGGAUCAACUACAGCACAGAGAGCUGGGCUUGCAUCAGCUGUGCACGAUCAGAACCUCUAACCCCAUGGCCACUAUUCUUAGACAAGGACAAGGGACUCUGUUCUCAGAUCCAGUUGGUGCCAUCCUGGCAUCAUCUCUCAGCAUUAUUGGGCAUGGGAAUGGCUGUAAGCAACCCUCCCUUGGGUCAGUUUGGCCAUGCACACCUGCUGCAGGCUCUCUAGGUGAACCUCUCUCUCCAGGUCUAGUUCCUGUUCAUAUAGACAAUGACCCCUCCCAGAAGACACCGGGGAACCUGUGCCUUUUGAGCUUAUGUUGGCCAGCACCCUUGACCCUACAGAGUACCCACCUGGAGCAGGGAUGACAACUCUCCCUAGAAGAAAUGAAGUAAGGCCUUUUGAAUCCCCUAUGCACAGGGCUGUCCCUCCUAUACAUAAUCAAACAAUAUUAUUGAAUAAACGGAGUAUGUGUAAAGAAGUCCAAGGAAAGAUCAUUUUCCCAUGGUGAUUGCCCGUAUGACUUUUUUCCGCUUUACACAUCUAAUUCUUCAGCCUCUGGAAAUUCUCACUUUUUAGUAUCAUGAUGCUGUGAGCACAAACUCAGCUGGGCCAUUGGGCAAUCCAAGACAUCACCCUAGACGGUCUGAUCCUGUUUCUUUAAGUAAGGGGGUCUGAUCUGUUCAAACCUGCCCCUCAUCCAAUCCAAAUGCUGCCCUGUCCAAGAAAUGUCACAUCCUCUCUCUUUCCUCUAACAGGAACCAACAAACAAGGAUAUUAUUGUCAAGAGUGUCCUCUUGAUUUGCAAGGAACUCCCCUGGAUUGCAACACUUGGAGACACAACUUAUGCUCUCCCCGGGUGCCCACAGGGCUAUCAUGUCACCACAGGUUAUCAUCCAAACAUUGUACCCACUUCCGCUUUCUGUAUUCCUUCCUUGGCUCACCACCAAAAGUCAUCUUUCCUGGAAAUUCUUCUGAGCUUCCAUUCCAUUUUUGAGUGGCAACCAAGAACCUAUUAUCAAGGCUAGUCUCAUCUGUUACCACCUAAUUGUUCACACCAGUUUUAACUGCGCAUGUACUAUGUUCACAGUCUGACCACCUGAGACCCAAAAAAAGGUAAAAUAUUUCAUUUCUGCCCCCAUACACGCCCUGAGAGUCCAUGAGUGAUGACAUUAGCCCAUAACUGAGCAGAGCAUAAAAAGGGGUCUUGUGCUGAAGGGACAGCUGGGCUUUUCCAGAGGAAGCUUCUUGUCCUUUGCAACAUGCAGUUAGGCUAACCAGCUUGCCAAAGAUGAUCCCGUAUAUCUUUAUUCAGCCCCGUGGAACAGCAUCUAAAAUGAGUCUUGCAGGAACAACAGUGAACGCCCCCACGUGUACAGGAUUCUGAAACGAUGACCUAAAUAUAUGCCUGUGUUGGCAAAGUGGCCUUUCCUCCCCCGCUGUCUGCACAGACGGUGCUCUGGGGAAAAACCGAGCACCCAUGUGGUGCCUGGUUACCCAGGAUGUGCAUGGCUGCUGCCAUGGCAACCCGCAGCCUAUCAGCAUAGACCUCCCCAUGGAGUCUCUGAGGAGAACUGGCUGAGGCCCCAAGGGGCUGGAGCUCCCAAAGGCGUAUCCACCUGCAGACAGCCUUCAGGGAAACCUAGGAGAUACAGGGGCAGUGCCCAGGCAAACAGGUACGUUCAGUGGCCAGGUGUAGAAUAUGACUAUCCCUGCUUCCUAAGACAGUUUGCACUCAGGUGGCCGAACUGUUCCUUCGAAAAAGGCUAUUCUUUAAGCCAUCAUCCCCAUCCCACAUACACGCCCACACCAAAAUCACAUUCUCCUUUAAAAAAAAAAAAAAAAGAAAGAAAUUCCAAAACCAAAUUCACAUCAUCUAAUGCAAUGGAUAUCCAAAGAGCUCCCAUUUUAUUAAUCGUGAAAUAGGCUGAGCCUAAAUAGUGUUUCCAUAAUAAGCCCAAGUGUAAACAAAAGCAAUUUUAAAUUUUUACUUAGAAAUUCCUUCAGGAAAAAAAAAAAAAAAGAAGUUCUUUUAGAAAACCUGAUUUCAAAUGUUCAUUUUUGCCUCCAGAAGGCAAAGUCUCCAGAAUACUAUUUCUCCAUGAACUUGCCACUUUCCAUUUUCUGGCUUUGAACCUGAGAACAGACUCCUUUACAUUGGCAGGAAAGGUUAUGCAGAAUUUAGCACUGAAGCUUUCAGAGUUAAAUUCGGCCUGGCCCUGUGAACCCAGGUAGGAGUAAACUCUGCUGACCAGGACCAACUCUCCAUCGAUGUGCUUAGAUGUCAACCUCAGGGAAAUUUUGGACAUGGAAAUUUUGCUCAAGAUGAUGGCCUGCUUGCAGAGAGAGCAUGGUAGUGUUCGAAUCUCUGAGUCAUGCCUACACACAUGCCAGAUCAGCUGGCCUGAUCUAUAGCUUGCCCAGCCAACUGGCCCUAUCCACAGGGGGCAUUAGUAAAUAAAUGAGAACUUUCUACAACCCGAAGAAGCACACUGGAAGACCUUUCUUCCGUCUUAUUUACAAUGCUGUUACAACAGACAUCAACAAGACACGUGGUUUGUUAUCCCACAGUUCCUCUCUGCUUAUAUUUUCGUAUUUUUUUCCUUUCCUAAAAGAAAGAAGGCUCCUCUAAACAUUACACGAGGCAGUGGUGGUACAGUCCUUUGUAACUAACACUUUAACAAAUGCAACAACCCUUUCUGCACAUACACGCAUACAGGCACAUACAUAUGUACACAUGCCCAUACAUACAUAUACACAAUAUACAUGCAUUCCUACAUGCACACACGCACACACACCCACAUACACACACCUACUUCCCUCCUCCAAUCCGUUAUGAGCUGGUCCACAUAAGUGGAUUCACAGAAAACCAAAGCCCUAAAAAUGACAAUAACUCCCUCCCUUAACCGUCACAGUGGUAUUCUUUCUAAAAUGCACCAUAGGCCUCCCUGAACUCACAGGCAAUGGGUCAUAAAGUAGCCUUUUUUUUUCCCCAUUGUUUUGUAGGAAACCUGUAUUCAGUCUGAAGAGAACAGGAUUCUGAUCCUGGUUCCAUCCCCAGAUGAGUUAUAUGGACUUGGAUAAAUCAUUGAACUCAAAAGCAGUUUUCUCAUCAUUUUCUCUUUUUUGGACUAAUAACCUUCAGCUUUUAGCACAAUUUUAGGUUCACAGCAAACGAACCUAUACUGACUCAUCAGCAUCACCCAAAGUCCAUAGUCUACAGUAGGAUUCACUCUUUGUGUACAUUCUAGGAGUUUUGACAAAUGCACAAUGUAUAAUAUGUAGCCAGCACUAGACUAUCAUGCAAAAUAGUUUCACUGCCCUAAAAAUUCUCUGCGCUCUAUGUGUCUCUCCCCACAAACCCCUGACAACUACUGAUCUUUUCACUGUCUUUAGAGUUUUGCCUUUUCCACAAUGUCACAGAGUUAGAAUCAUACAGCAUAUAGCCUUUCAUAUUAGCUUCUUUCAUUUAGUAUUAUGCAUUUAAGAUUUUGUCAUAUCUUUUCAUAGCUUAAUAGCUCUUUCUUUUUAGGGUUGAAUAAUAUUUUACUGUCUGGAUGUACCAUGGUUUAUAUAUUCAUUUACAUACUAUUGUUUGCUUCCAAGCUUUGGCAAUGAUGAAUAAAGCUGCUAUAAAUGUU